AUUUCAUAUCAAAUUAUGUACACGGUACUAGUAGUUUGUACACAAAGUAAAGCCUUUUCUUUCACUUCCUUUUAAUUUGCAAAUUAUAUUUUUCUAGUAACACAUAAAGAAAGUUCAGUUUUAUUUUUGAAUACCUUUCAAAGAUGCGUUAUAGUUGAAGUUAUAAACAUGCUAUAUUCCAAUUAGCCAUCCCACAAAAAUGGUUUAUGAAGCAAUUCCUAGGACAGUUCGUAUUAUUUUAUUAGGGGAAUCUGGGGUCGGCAAAACAUCACUAAUUCUGUCAUUAGUUACGGAAGAGUUUACUGACCAUGUACCGCCCAAAGCAGAAGAGAUUACAAUUCCCGCAGAUGUUACACCUGAACAAGUACCGACUAAUAUUGUAGAUAUAUGCUUAACCGAACAAACGAUUGAACAAGUAGCUGAAGAAAUAGAAAAAGCUCAUGUUAUUUGUAUUGUAUUCUCUGUUGAUAAACAGGACACUCUUGACAAAAUUUCUUCUUAUUGGUUACCAUUUGUAAGAGAACACUGUCCAGAAGAUUACAGAAAGCCUGUUAUCUUAGUUGGAAACAAAAUUGAUUUAAUUGAUUACUCAAUAAUUGAUAACAUUUGGGACAUAGCAGAAGAAUACCCUGAGGUUGACAGAUGUAUAGAGUGUUCAGCAAAAACACUUACAAAUGUAUCAGAAAUGUUCUACAAUGCACAAAAAGCGGUUUUGCACCCCAUCCACCCAAUAUAUUCAAUUGAGGAACAGGAGUUAUCAGAAAGAUGUAAGAAGGCUUUAUCAAGAAUAUUUAAAGUAUGUGACUUAGAUGGAGAUGGAUUAUUGGAUGACUAUGAAAUAUCAAUAUUUCAAAAGAAAUGUUUUGAUACACCACUACAACUACAGGUCUUAGAUGAAGUCAAAUCUGUCAUUGCACAAAAUAUUGCUGGUGGAAUAGAAAAUGAAUGUAUUACAAUGAAAGGGUUCAUAUUUUUACAUUGUUUGUUUAUACAACGGGGGCGGAAUGAAACAACAUGGACGGUGUUAAGGAAGUUUGGUUACGACGAGAGCUUAGAACUAACACAAACUUAUUUGUACCCUAACAUAAAAGUACCUGCCGGCUGCUCUUCCGAAUUGUCAUACAAAGGUCAACAGUUUCUAACUCAAGUGUUUGAGAAGUAUGACAGGGAUAAAGAUGGAAUGCUGAACCCGACGGAGCUGAAGAAUGUGUUCUCUUGUUGUCCGAGAGUACCGUGGCACAACCUAAGAUAUACUGUGCCAACCAAUGAAAAGGGAUAUUUGACUCUGCAAGGUUGGAUGUGUCGGUGGACAUUGAUGGCACUCAUGGACUUGCAGAGCACAAGCGCCUAUUUAGCUUACCUGGGCUAUAAUUUUCUUGAAAAUGAUACUCAAAAAUCUGCAUUUCACAUAACACGUGACAAGAAAGUGGAUUUAGCUAAGAAGCAGUCCAGUCGCAAUGUGUACCAGUGUCAUAUUAUCGGGCCGAGAGCUUGUGGGAAAACGUCCAUUUGUAGAAGUUUCCUGGGAAUAGCGCACAAGAGGUUAAAGGCGCACACACACGAACGGAGCGACGGGAGCGGGUCGGACAGCAGCUGCAUCAGCACGGUGCUGGUGUACGGGCAGGAGAAGUACCUGGUGCUGCGGGAGAUCGGGAUCUCGCGCGUGUCCGACCCACUGCGGCCGCACGAGGUCAACUGUGACGUGGCCUGCCUGGUGUACGACGCGGCCGCCAGCCGCUCCUUCGAGUACAUCGCGAGGAUAUACAUUAAAUAUUUCGCCGAAAGCCACAUCCCAGUACUCAUAGUUGGCACAAAGGGGGACGCGUUGGUCACGCGCCAGGAGUACAUUCUGCAGCCGGAGGUGUUCUGCAGCAAGUACCAGCUGCUCGCGCCGCAGCUACUGAACAUCCGGGAGAACAAACACGACGUGUUCAUCAAACUAGCGACAAUGGCUGCCUUUCCACAUCUAAAACACUUCGCAAGCUUUGCUGGUGAAAACUCGUCGUGGUGGAAGGCGGGCAUCGGAGUCGCUGCUGCAACCAUCAUGGGCCUGGUCCUCAUCAGGAUUCUAAAUUUAAAUAGGCAAUAGUUGGAAGUACAAAAUCACUGCCAGUAGACAUAACAUAUUAAGUGCAUGCAAUAAUUUAUAAUAUUUAUUUUGAACAAGUGUCAAGUAUGAGUUAUGAACAAAGAUCACCAAAGAGUAGAAAACACUGAAUAGAGUGCUUGUUGAGUUGUAAAUAAAAAUGUUUGACUCUU